AUGGCUGACUUGGAAGCGGUGCUGGCUGACGUCAGCUACCUGAUGGCAAUGGAGAAGAGCCGAAGUCAGCCGGCGGCGCGUGCCAGCAAACGAAUUGUGUUGCCCGAUCCGAGUGUGCGCAGCAUUAUGCAAAAGUAUCUCGAGAAGACCGGCGAGAUCAAAUUCGAGAAGAUUUUCAAUCAAAAGCUCGGUUUUCUGCUCCUCAAAGAUUUCGCCGAAAACGUUUCGGAGAAUGCGUGUCCGCAAAUCAAGUUCUACGAGGCGAUCAAAGAGUAUGAGAAAAUGGAAACACCUGAGGAGCGGCUGACAAAAGCGCGCGAGAUCUACGAUCAUCACAUAAUGGUGGAAAUGCUCGCACACUCUCAUAAUUAUUCGAAGGAAUCUCUUCAGCACGUUCAAUAUCAUCUGCUGAAAGGAAAUGUGCCUCCGGAUUUGUUUCAGCGAUAUGUCGUCGAGAUCUGCGAACAACUGAAAGGCGACAUUUUCCAAAAGUUCCUCGAAAGUGAGAAAUUCACGCGCUUCUGCCAGUGGAAAAAUCUUGAGCUGAAUAUGCAGCUGACGAUGAACGACUUUUCGGUUCAUCGAAUUAUCGGUCGUGGCGGAUUCGGAGAAGUUUACGGGUGUAGAAAGGCGGAUACGGGCAAAAUGUACGCGAUGAAAUGUCUGGACAAAAAGCGAAUCAAGAUGAAGCAGGGAGAAACUCUUGCGCUCAAUGAGCGUAUCAUGUUGAGCCUUGUCUCAACCGGACAAGAUUGUCCAUUCAUUGUAUGUAUGACUUAUGCGUUCCAGUCGCCCGACAAAUUGUGCUUCAUUUUGGAUCUGAUGAACGGAGGAGAUCUUCAUUAUCACCUCUCGCAGCACGGUGUGUUCAGUGAGCAAGAAAUGCUGUUUUACGCUUCGGAGGUGAUUCUCGGUCUCGAGCACAUGCACAAUCGGUUUGUCGUCUACCGCGAUCUCAAACCAGCCAACAUUCUUCUCGAUGAGAAUGGACAUGUUCGUGUUUCCGAUUUGGGAUUGGCUUGCGAUUUUUCGAAAAAGAAGCCGCACGCGAGUGUCGGAACACACGGCUACAUGGCUCCGGAAGUGCUCGCGAAAGGCGUCGCCUACGACUCAUCGGCUGAUUGGUUCUCGCUCGGUUGCAUGCUCUUCAAACUUUUAAAGGGCCAUUCGCCAUUCCGGCAGCACAAGAGCAAAGACAAGAAUGAGAUCGAUAAAAUGACUCUCACACAGGAUAUCGAACUACCAAAUGAGGGAUUAUCGCGAGAUUGCCGCGAUUUACUCGAAGGUCUCCUCAAAAGGGAUGUGCCCGAUCGACUCGGAUGCCGUGGAAGGGGCCCAUUGGAAGUCAAGGAGCACGCGUUCUUCAAGGACGUCGAUUGGCAGACGGUCUAUCUACGUCGAAUGUCGCCCCCUUUGAUUCCACCGCGAGGUGAAGUCAAUGCCGCCGACGCAUUUGAUAUCGGAAACUUCGAUGACGACGAGGUGAAAGGAGUUAAGCUGACGGAAGCUGAUAGCGAACUCUACAAGAACUUCAACAUCACAAUUUCGGAAAGGUGGCAGAAUGAGGUGGCUGAAACGAUAUUCGAAGUUGUGAAUCAGGAUGCGGAUAAAGCUGAAAAUAAAAAACGAUCAAAGCAAAAGAUUAAAGUGGCUAUCGAUGAAAAAGACUCUGACGUCAUUGUGCAUGGUUAUAUCAAAAAACUUGGCGGUCCAUUCACAUCAGCAUGGCAAACGCGCUACGGGAAAUUAUAUCCAUCGCGUCUCGAGUUGUAUCCGGAAUCGUUGUCCGGAAAACCGGAGCUCGUUUUCAUGGAUCAGAUCGAGGAUGUGUGCAUUGAUUUGCAAACCGUCAAAGGCGAGAAUGCGAUUGUUGUGAAAUUACGCGAUGGAUUCAAAGAGCCGAGAAUUAGCUUGACAAACUCGGAUGAGAUCAGUUUGAAAGAAUGGCACACUUCGCUUCGAACCGCCCAUAAAGUCUCGUCGGAACUGCUGCAACGAAUGGGUCGAAAGGCGAUCAAAAUCUAUGGCAUCAAUCAUGAUCCGAUGCUGUCGGACAGCGAACGGCCGGGAUCAGUCACACGCGCAUAUCUUAAUCGGGCCAGCAGCGUCGAUUCCGGUGUAUAG